CAUGUUUACCCGCUCCCGCCUGUCGCUGUCGCUGUCGUUGUCGCGUUUCUCGAUACGACACCAAUCAAGAUCCCUAGCCACGACUAUCGCACCCACCGAACAUGACUUCUCACACGUAAUCAUCGGCGGCGGAGUAGUUGGCCUCGCAAUCGCCUCCCGCAUCGCCCGUCUCCCCGGCGCAUCCCCAAUCCUCCUCGAACGGAACGCACACAUCGGACAAGAAACCUCGUCCCGGAAUUCUGAGGUCAUCCAUGCCGGGAUAUACUACACUCCCGAUUCCUUGAAGGAGAAGCUGUGCGUGAAGGGAAAGUCGAUGUUGUAUGAUUACCUGGAGAAGCAUGGGUUACCGUAUAAGAACUGUGGGAAGUGGAUCGUGGCACAGACACCUCAAGAAGGGGAGUAUUUGCAAAAGAUGCACCAGAAAGCGCAGAGACUGGGUGUACCUACGCGAUUUAUCGGGAAGGAAGAGGCAGCGAAACUAGAGCCGGAUGUCGCCGCACUCGAAUGUGCGCUGGAAUCAAGCAGCACCGGCAUCGUCGACGCCCACAGCCUGAUGACUCACCUUCUCGGCUCCUUCGAAGAUUCCGGAGGUGCCGUUGCGUAUGGUACAGCAGUAACCAGCAUAACCCCUCUCGCUAACGGCACCAGCGGCUACCAGAUGUCAUCCCUCUCUUCCGACGGCGAGGAAAUGACUAUUACAACCUCCUCCCUCAUCAACGCCGCCGGUCUCGGUGCCUUCCAAAUCAGCAAUAUGCUUCUCCCCUCCGACCGUCACUUCACCCCUCACUACUGCAAAGGGAACUACUUCUCCUACUCGGCUUCACAUCCACGAACACAGAGACUUAUCUAUCCCGUCCCGAAACCGGACCUGGCGGGUUUGGGGACGCAUUUGACGCUUGAUCUUGGUGGGCAGGUUAGGUUUGGGCCGGAUACGGAGUGGCUGCCUUCGGAUAUUGACUUGUUUUCUCGGGACUUGUAUCGGGUUUCUGAGGACCGCUUGGAUGAGAUGUACGAGGCGAUUAAGCAGUAUCUGCCUUCCACCAAACGCUCCGAACUCGCUGGAUCCUAUUCUGGGAUCAGGCCGAAGCUGAGGGGGGAUGGUGAGGGAAUGAGCGACUUCUAUAUCAAGCAUGAGGAGGGGUUCCCGGGGUUUGUCAACCUUGUUGGGAUUGAGAGUCCGGGGUUGACGAGUAGUUUAGCGAUUGCGGAGAUGGUUGAGGAUAUGCUGAAGUGAAGACUGAAGAGGAGAUGUUUCGUUGUAAGUGAGAGAAAGAUACCCGUUAUAUGGGAU